AUGUUUUUCAAGUCUUUAGACCUAACUACCGCACUUAGACCCUUGCUGUUACCUGACGAGACACUUCUCUUUGUCCAGGAUGCGGUGGGGCUUUAUGAGGGGAAAUACAAAAUCCCCGAUUAUCAAGACGGCCAUGCCUACUUGACAUCUCACCGAGUAUGCUAUGUAGCUACCAAAGAUCCUCGAAAAUACUCGGUGGCGAUUGAUCUCAAGGAAAUUGACCGUGCUGAAUAUCAGGCAGGCUUUUUGACAUCAUCUGCAAAGAUCACAAUAUAUCCAAAACCUCAGAAGAGCAAGACAGAUAAGUCACGCAGUGCAACUUCUAGUCCUGCUGUGCCCCCACCAUCGGCCCUCUAUCCAGGCUCGGGCAAGCCGCUUUCUGGCCUUCCGCCUUCUAUCGCCCCACACAAAUCGCCUUCAACUCCUGUGAAUUCAACGUGGAUAUGUCCUAUAUGCUCUUUCUCAAACCCUGUACCUUCGAAUUUCGAUCACACGACAGCGAACGAGACGACCAAUUUGCCACCGUGCCUGGCAUGUGGCAUCAAGCCACCUUUUACAACUGUUCUCAAGGCAGCGAUCACCGCUGCGGCAAAUCGAGAGCCUCCUAUUCCCCGGUCAAGCUCGGUCCCUGUUGGAGUGACUAAAAGCCAAGGCACUGAUCAUCAAUCCGUGCCUGUUGCAUCAGAUUCCGUAUCAUGUUCUCGGUGCACCUUUGUCAAUCAUCCAUAUCUUAUAGAAUGUGAAAUGUGCGGAGCACCUUUAGCGGCUACGGUUUCUUUAAUUUCGGACCGUGAUCGUCGCGCAGAUUCUCCGGCCCCAUUUUUCGAGCAAUCGCGAAUUCCUAAUACUGAAGUGAACGAGAGCAUCAAGCUGUCCUUCCGUGGGGGUGGUGAGAAAACUUUUCACGAAAGGCUGAAAAAUGCUCUAGUCCAGCGAAAGUGGCUGCUUCAGAAUGCACCUCCAGUGCCUCCCCCGUCACAGAGUACACCAAGUGGGCCCACGACUACUGCUUCCUCUCACAUGGUGGAGAGUCCUCAGCCAGCAGCUCCACGGGUAACUGCUGUAGGAAUUGCUGGCCUGGAGCAAAGAGGACUGGAAGCGCGAAUGAACAAUCAACUAGUCAUCGGUAACGCGUUCGAGGACCUAGAAGCCUUGAUGGCCUCGGCUAAGCAGAUUGUUGCACUGGCUGAAACUCUGGCGCGGGAGUCUGGCAUGUCCACAAGCGAGGGCUCCGCCGAGACCCACGCGGUCUUGUCUGAAUCUGCAGCUGCUUUAGGAAUGGUCACUACUAAGGACAUGCUGAGUUCUGGAUCAGAGAAUCUUUAUCUAUCUGAACUAGCACGUAAUUUGGCUGAAUAUCUUACCGACGAUCGCAAAGGGAUUUUACAACGAGAAGGUGGCAUCAUGAGUCUUAUCGAUCUAUGGGCGGUCUUCAACCGGUCACGGAAUGGAGUUGAACUCAUCAGCCCUUCAGAUUUCCAACGUGCGGCGGAGCUUUGGGAGAAGCUCAGAUUACCGGUUCGGCUACGACGGUUCAAGAGCGGGCUCUUGGUGGUUCAACAAUAUGAUUGGAGUGACGAAAAGACAGUGCGUCAAUUACAAGACUGGAUGGAAGAGCUACGACAAGUCCCACCAGAAGAAUCAGUUCCAUGGGACUGGGCGGUAUUUGGUCGGGCCGUUACUGCUCAAGAAACGGCUCAACGUUUCAGGUGGAGUGUCGGCGUGGCCGCCGAAGAACUUGAGAUGGCAGAAGAUCGUGGGGCUCUGUGCCGGGAAGAAGGGGUUGAAGGACUCCGGUUCUGGAGCAAUGGUCUCAUUCAUACCCCCAAUUGA